AGAAUGUUUCGUAAAAUAUUUCCCACAACGAAUGUGGUGAAAGUUGCUCAAAGAUGUAUCCAUAGAAAUGUUAGCACUACAGUACGGCCGCGAAUCUGCAUCGUAGGGGCUGGCCCAGCUGGCUUCUACACUGCCCAGUACAUCCUGAAACAUCUGGACAACUCUGAUAUCGAUAUUGUAGAAAAACUGCCGGUUCCUUUUGGAUUGGUGAGGUACGGUGUAGCACCAGACCAUCCGGAGGUGAAAAAUGUUAUCAAUACAUUCACCAAAACAGCUGAAAAUCCUCGUGUACGAUUUCUUGGAAAUUUGUGUUUGGGAAAGGAUUUCACACUUGAAGAACUGCGGGAACGAUAUCACGCUGUGCUACUUACCUAUGGGGCAGAACAAGACAAUACGUUGAACAUUCCAAACGAAACCCUGCAAAAUGUACUCUCGGCACGAGAGUUCGUCGCUUGGUAUAAUGGGUUGCCCGGGUUUGAGAACUUAAAUCCUGACCUUAGCGGUAAAUCUAUGACCUUAUUAGGGCAGGGAAAUGUAGCUGUCGACGUAGCACGGAUCGUCCUGUCCAGUGUGGACGAUCUAAAAAAAACUGAUAUUACUGAGUAUGCUCUGGAUACUCUUUCGCGAAGUCGUAUCGAUACUGUUCAUCUCGUUGGACGAAGAGGUCCUUUACAGGCAGCAUUCACGAUUAAGGAACUGCGGGAAAUGUUGAAACUCUCCAAUUGCGUCACGAAAUGGCGGGUUGAUGAUUUCGAUAAUGUAGAAGAAUCCAUACCAAAUCUACCUCGUCCUAGGAAACGUAUCACUGAACUGAUGGUGAAAAGUUUAUCAGAACAGCAACAGAAUAAAACUCCCCACUCGGAACGAUGCUUUCUACCAACAUUCUUCCGUUCGCCGGUUAAUUUCGUUGGCACCGACAAGGUAGAAGCUGUAGAGUAUGUCGUCAAUAAGCUGGUUGAGGGUAGAGCCCUUCCAACCGAUCAGCGGGAAACGAUAGCGACGGAUCUUGUGUGUCGUAGCAUCGGAUACCGUGCCGUGAGCGUGGACAAUCAUAUCAAUUUUGACGAUCGCAAAGGUUGUGUUUUCAAUGCUGGAGGGCGUGUUUUAAAACAAAAUCUCACGGGAAGUGACCAAACAAUUGACGACAUUGAAGAUAAGUACGAAAUUGGCCUGUACGCAUCUGGGUGGCUUGCAACUGGGCCGACGGGCGUAAUUCUUACGACGAUGAAUAAUUCCUUCGGCGUUGCCGAUACGGUGUGUCGUGAUUUCAAUAGCAACACCAUACGUUUAAAGGGUUCGCGACCCGGACUAGACCUUUCCGGUCGUACCUAUGUCAGCUGGAACGGAUGGAAAGCCAUUGAUGGCGAAGAAGUUAGACUUGGUGUUGCAAAAGGAAAACCACGAGAAAAGCUUACCUGCGUUAAAACUAUGCUGCAGAUUGCAUCAAAUGCAAGCUAUUAA